ACACAUUGCACACAUACACACAUUCACGCACACACAGCUAAGAUGGCGGCCGAAAACAGCACCGAUGCGCAGGAUGAGAAAGAAAUAACUGUUAAGAAAAGACACGUUAAAGAAACGACUGAAGAUGUACCACCCGCGUCUGAAAGCACAAAAACCAAGGAAUCCAAGAUAACACUUUACCACUGGACUCAAUCUUUCAAUUCGCAAAAGGUGAGACUGGCAAUCGCAGAAAAGAGUUUGGAAUGUGAAGAAUAUGACGUUAGCCUUCCACUCAGCGAACACAACGAGCCCUGGUUCAUGAAGCUCAACCCUGCUGGUGAGGUCCCCGUGUUGGUGCACAAUGACAACGUUAUCAGCGACCCGGCCCAGAUACUGGACUAUCUGGAGCAGAACUUCAGAGAUGAGAGUACUCCAAAGCUGAUACCCGAGGAGGGUAGUAUGUACUACCCCAGGGUGCAGCACUACAGAGAGCUGCUGGACUCCCUGCAGAUGGAUGCCUACACCCACGGCUGCAUCCUCCACCCUGAAAUCACUGUGGACUCCCACAUCCCUGCCUAUGCCACCACCAGGAUCCGCGCACAGAUAGGAAACACGGAGUCAGAGCUGAAGAAACUGGCAGCAGAGAAUCCCGAUCUUAAAGAUGCGUACAUUGCAAAACAGAGACGCUUAAAGUCAAAGUUAUUUGAUCAUGACAACAUGAAGUACCUGAAGAAGCUUUUGGAUGAGCUUGAGAACGUAAUGGACCAGGUGGAAACAGAGCUCCAGCAGAGGGUGGAGGAAACGCCAGAGGAAGGUAGCCCAAUGUGGCUGUGUGGAGACUUCUUCAGCAUGGCCGACGUGUCUCUCGCCGUGACGUUGCACCGCCUCAAGUUCCUGGGCCUCUCCCGCCGUUACUGGGGCAACGGCAGCCGGGUCAACCUGGAGACCUACUAUGAGCGUGUCCUGGACCGACCCGCCUUCCGGAGAGUUCUGGGGCAUGUCAACAACAUCCUGAUAUCUGCCGUCCUGCCCACCGCCUUCCGGGUAGCCAGGAAGAGAGCGCCGUCCAUUGUGGGCUCAGCGCUUCUGAUUGGCAUCCUGGGUGGGGCCAGUUACCUGGCCUUCCUUUACUUUAAGAGGAGACUAACCACUUUUAGUUGAAAUUGUUUUGCUUCUUCAUCCUGAUUCCCCUUCAGACACCUUCUUUGCCUCUUUUGUUUUCCACCAACUCUGAAUGCUUAGCCAUGUUACUAGUCGCACAAGAAGCACUUUUAAGUAACCUUAUGUCUACUGAAAGCAAUCUGAGAGAGUCUUGAUAGAUCCCAGAGACAUUCUGUCCUUGCUGUGUGCAUUUGAGCCAGAAAGUCAUUGUGUGUAUCUGUGUGUGUGUCACCAUGCUUCUUGUCUUACGAUGCUUCGUGGCAAAUGCUUCAAUAAUACUGUGCAAGACAAUGUUUUGGUCUUCUGCAUGUUAACAGGUACCAAAAACAUGACUUGAUUCCUUAAUUCCUGUUUAAGACAAUAGAGCUGGUUGGAAAAGUAGGAAGGCCUUUACAAAGGUCAGUUUGCCACUGUAGUAUCCUAAGUGCAGGGGUUUUGGGUAGGUAUUGAUAAGGAAUUAUCAUCAAAAUCAUGUCCACUGUGUAACUUAAAACAUAUGAGAGAUGUUUCAGUUUCAUUGUCUGUUGUUCAUCUGUUCUCUCCCUUGUACGUCGCUUUGGACAAAAGUGUCUGCUAAAUGACUAAAUGUAAAUGUAAAUGUGACGUCAGCGUUAUACAUUCUUAGUGUCUGUGCUCUGAAUGUACACAGGCUGCAGUAAAUUACUAAUCUCUAAACAAAGAUUACUGGUCUCACAUCACAUUACAUGAAUAAAAUGUAUUUGCAAGAUA